GGGGAGGGCAAGGAGGAGACGGGGGAGGAGGGCAGGCAGUGCCUUAUGGGCGGCAGCGAGGGAGCGGCAGCGGAGUGCGGAGCGAAAGAGGAUGAAGAUGGGGACAGCAGCAGUAGUGCUGGUGGUGGUGGCAGUAGUGGUGGUGGCGGUGCCGCCGCCACGUCCCGCCCUCCCCCGCACGCCCCCGCUACCUCUGGCGAGGAGGCCAGUCCCGAGGGGGGCGGGGAGGCGGGGGCGGGCUGGGCGAUCAUGAGGGACGUGUCACACCCGGAGAGCGACCUGGACGUGGGUGUGCAGCUGAGCGACGGCGACGGCACGGUGCCGCUGCUGAGCCUGGGCCUCAUGUGCCGGGGCGGCUGGCGGCCGGGCAGCCGCCUCAACCCGGGCGGCAUGCGGGUGGUGACGCGGGAGUUCAAACACCGCAGCGGCUCGCUGCUGCAGGGGGCAAGAGGCGGCCCCGCCAGUGCCGCCCAUGUUGAGAUCCUGGGUAACGAGGGCGUGCUGGCUGACGUCAUCCGGG